CUAUAUUAAAAAAUUUCCACUUUUCGUUUUCGUAGCUGAGAAAUACAUAGGAAAACCCAAGGCACUAGCUCUGGGGCAUCAGCUGCUAUUGCCAAGCAUCAAAUCAAAAAUCAAAUCAGGAGAAAAAAGAUCAAAACGACGACCCGCAGAAAUGGUGUCGUACGUCAAUGCCUUGCUGUACGGAGUGGGCGGCAUAGUGGUGGCAGGGAUGGCUCUGCUCGUCGCCUUCCAAGAGAAGUUGGUCUACGUGCCCGUCUUGCCAGGUCUCACUAAGUCCUACCCGAUUACUCCGGCCCGACUCCGACUCAUUUACGAGGAUGUCUGGCUCAGAUCCUCCGAUGGAGUCCGCCUCCAUGCUUGGUUCAUUAAGCUCUUUCCUGAAUGCCGAGGUCCAACCAUCUUGUUUUUCCAGGAGAAUGCCGGAAAUAUUGCUCACCGUCUUGAAAUGGUUCGCAUAAUGAUACAGAGGUUGCACUGCAAUGUGUUCAUGCUUUCAUACAGAGGUUAUGGAGCAAGUGAUGGAUACCCUUCUCAACAUGGAAUCGCAAAGGAUGCUCAGGCUGCACUAGAUUAUCUUACUCAGAGGACUGACAUUGACUCGUCUAGAAUAGUCGUAUUUGGGAGGUCACUUGGGGGUGCAGUUGGGGCUCUGCUGACCAAAAACAAUCCUGAUAAGGUGGCUGGGUUGAUACUGGAAAAUACUUUUACAUCUAUUCUGGAUAUGGCUGGAGUUUUACUGCCCUUCUUAAAGUGGUUUAUUGGAAGCAAUCAUUCAAAAGGUCCUAAAAUUCUUAAUUUUCUUGUACGAUCUCCAUGGAGCACUGUUGAUGUUAUAGGCCAGGUUAAGCAGCCAGUCCUUUUUCUUUCUGGAUUGCAAGAUGAAAUGGUACCUCCAUCCCAUAUGCAAAUGUUGUAUGCUAAGGCAGCUGCUCAUAACAAGGAAUGCAUCUUUGUGGAAUUUCCUACUGGCAUGCACAUGGACACCUGGUUGGCUGGUGGUGAUCAGUAUUGGAAAACAAUUCAGGAUUUUCUCAAGAAAUAUGUUCCAGAGAACAAGGAAAAUGAGUCAUUCCAUGAUGACAAAGAUUCUGAGGGGAGGUGACUAAUUGCAUGUAGGAAUUUGAAGAUGUUAUAAAUUGGCUCACCACAGGUCCUUAAAGUGUUUGUGCCUUUUGUUUUUGAAACUGCAGCAACUAAAAGUUCUAUGUGAAGAAUUGCUGAUCGCUGAGACCCUCCAACUCAUUCUGAUUUUCUCUGAAAUAUUUCAUUGGUUUGAGAAGCUUCAGCAGAUGCCAGAAAAGCAAAUGUGAAUGCCUUUGGUAUAGCGUACAACUUUUUGACAUACAUCUUUGUUAGUUAGUCCAUUUUGACCUGUUCUCAUUGUAGGAAUAAAGAACAUUUAAAAAUUUAAAAUAUGUAAUUGAUGUAAUGGACUGUUUGCGUCUUUAUAGUUCAUAGAUAAUUCUUCCGUUGACAGUCUAUGCUUAA